GAAGCGCACCGCCAGGCAGCGGCUCCGUCCCACAGCGCCGCCCGCUCUCGGAUACACCGCUCGCACAACUCCGCGACUCGCGACGACCAGCCGAGACGAGCGUGUUCGGUCGUGAGAGACUCACGACGCACGAAGCACAGCCGCGUCGCGGUGGAAUGACACACUCACACGUCGUCCUGUCGUCGUCGGCCGGGCCGUCCGGAGCGAGUUGAACCCGCCGCGCCGCUUGGCUCACUUUGUCUCUGAUGUCAACCUGCUCCCGCGCUUCCCGAACCACGGACAGCGGCACUACUCGUCACUACGGCUCGUCAGACGGAACAAACUGCCCGUGACAUGGCGCGUGCGGAGACCACCGAGAGUGUAGGAGAGCCAGCGGGGGCCGGAGGCGCCUCUCUCGCUCACCUCAGCACCUGCUGUAUGGAGCUCCCUCACUCAUUCCACUCCUGGCCGGGCCUGCUCACCAACGCCAACGCCCCCGGCGGCACCAUUCACCUCCCCCGGCGUCACCACCAGCACCACAGUCGACGCCCUGUCCAGGACCUCGCCCUCCCCUGCCCGCUGCCUUACCUCCUCCCUGCGGGCAUGGAGGACGCACCCCAGAUGCACCGACCAUCAUCAUCACGGACUCCGCCUUCUCCGCCGCCGCAGCGCUGGAGAGAGGAGGCGAGAGAUGGAUGCGGAGCCACGCCCAGUGCCUACCCAGGGGAGCGGUUUGGAGGGGAGACGACAGACAGACACGAGCAGCAGAGGGAGGCCUCCAGCCGACGGGGCCCUCUGCCUGACCUGCUGCCCUCGAACGGUCACCUGUCCUCGGCCUCGGAGGGGGAGGUCCGGAGGAUCGCCGGCCAGCUGCGGCUCAUCGGCGAUGAAAUGAACACCACUAUCCUCCGCAGAGCGGCCAUUCCAGAGUGGCAGGGCUGGAUAGGUCUGUACAUGGGAAUGAUGGACUUCCUCACCCAGACUCUGAACACUCUCUACAGGCUCAUAUAGCCCCGCCCUCCCCGGUUACCGUGGUCACCCUGCAACCGUCAGGGCUCUUGAUUCGCUGUGGUGCUGAACAUUGGAGCGUCGCCAGAAGGAAGGACCGUGUGGGACAAGGGUUUACAGAGCAAGUUCCCACCUAAAACAGACGUUCAUCGGACGACCGCUGGGGGACAUUUGGGGCCCAGGGACGCCGAAUGGAGGUGCCGGCGCCUGCCACAUUGGAUGGAUUAGUCCGUCUACCUGUCUGUCUGUCUGUCUGUCUGUCCAUCAGUCUGCUGGCACAGCCUGCUGGACGACUCUCGUCACCAUAUUUUCCUGUACAUAUUGUUCAUUUGGUUUGCUCUCCGUCGUUCUCAGUGACUCUGUGGGACCGCAUGUGAUGUCACAGAUGUGGCUCAAGGAGGUUUGUGUGUUUGGUUGUGUGUGUGCGUGUGUGUGUGUGUGUACUUGUGUUUGCAUGCCACACCCGGGUCAGACAGUGUCCGUAACGCUCUCUUUGAUCCUGUCUCCUGCGCAGGCGGCCACGUGGACGGGGUUUGACCACACGAGGAGAUCGCCGACACUUGCUAGCGUUGUCUCUUGUGACAAACUCCGCCCAUCCGGCCCUCGUAGGUUAUCUAAAGGCGGCGCGCUGUCUGACCCAGGGCCGGGGCCGGGGGGGGGGGGGGCGGAGCAGAGUGGUGGGUGGGUGUCUCUCUCUGUGUUGGGUGAGGUCCCGUUCUCGUAAGCUGUGAAACGACGCGCCGUGGCGGCAUCGUGAGGGGGGAGGAAGGGUGGCGCGCUCUACUUGGCGACGGAGCACAAAGUCGACCCCCCCCCCCUCUCUCUCUUCCAAUCAAAAACCUUUUCAUUCAUCACACAACGUGCCUUCCUGUUAAGCCCCUGUGCCGAGGCCCAAUCAUCACCACCAGGACAAUCGCCCACACACACACUCGCAUAGAAACUUAGGGGUUUACCACUGUACAUUCCUCAACACCUGCUGCCAGUGUUUAGAGCUUGUCGGGGUCCCCCCCCCCCCCCCCCCGCCGCCCCUCUCGACAGUGUUUAUAGUUACUUGAUCACGUGUAUAUAUAUUUUUGGAAGGGAAUCUGAAAUAAAUUGGAAAUGAAAAGAAGCUAAGACGCCAGUUCUCAGUUUAUGUCGGGGAGACCCGCCGCCACGCCCGAGCGGGUUCGCCUUCUGAAUCCAGCGGAUUUGAGGACGUUCGACUCGGAUAGUUUGGUUUUCAGAAAGUCUUUGAUGUUUGUCAGAGAGGGUUGAGUGGGUUCAUCUGGACACGGGCGUUUAUUGACGGAUAACGUUGAACGCCGGUUGGGGGAGGGGGGGGUCAAAGAGGUCAUCUGUGUUAAGAGGGAACGACCAUCCCCUACGUCUGUCGCUGUUUCGCCAUUGCGAAGGUUCCCCAAAUCCUCUGCCAACAGCACACAUGGCCACCGACGCUCUAGUAAAUGGCCGCGCCCGUAUUUCCACAUGUAACUGGUCGUUGGCUUGGGUCGUUGCACAUCUGCCGCCAUCUUAGCGGUGCUGUAAUCGCAACAUUCCCCAAUGCUCUCAUUAGUACACGUGGCCAUGGAAACGCUAGUUACUGGUCACACCCAUAUUUGCAUAUGAAACUGGUUAUGCAACUGCACUGUGUUGUUUAUCGGCGGUGGGGCGCCUGCAGUCGGUUUAGACCGAAGAGGUCAAGUUACCGUCGUGUCCGGACGAACUGAUUCGACCUUCUUUGGUUUUCUAACAUGGAUGGAGCAUGCGUCAAGACAUAUGUGACAUUUGACGAGUUUGACAGUGUGUAGGAACCCCAACACGUUUCACGCCCCUUCUGGGAGAGUAAUUUAUUUGGACAUGAUGUAGCCUUCCUGUAGCAUGGUUUUGGUUUCUUUCAAGUGUUUUCUCCUUUUUUAUGAAUUUACCCUCUUGUGUCGAAUAAUUUAUUUUUUUUUCUUCACCCUGCUGAUUAAAGCUAUGAACGAUUAAGUUGUAUUUUUCAAUGCAAAGCUGUUGUAUAAUGUUGAUUAGACAUGGACUGAAUACGCUGACGGGUGGAGAAGCCGGACUGUGCAGCAGGGGUGCAUGUGUCACCAGGCGUCGUCAUGUGUCACCAGGCGUCGUCAUGUGUCACCAGGCGUCGUCGUGUGGAAUAUCGACAACACUGAGCGGUGUCGUUCCGAAAUGCUCUAUCUACGUUUUGGGAAAUGAUCCUUUUUAUCCUCUGCCCAAUUUUAAAAAAAGGAGAAUCGUUGUACCUAAUAUUAGUUUUCUGGUGUUUGCAUUUACCUUAGAAUUUGGUCAAUUUGGUGAAAACAAUCUAUUAGCAUAGGUGCUAUAUCGUUUUAAAAACAAAACUGCUAACCCUAUCUAAAUGAAAACACCGUGGCCUUAUUUUAAGCAACGUCGCUUCUGUCACAGACAGUUGAAUCGGUUCAUCUGGACACGACGUUUAUUGACAUACAUUUCAUCCCUCAACUAAGGGACCUCUUCGGUCUCAACUGGCUGCAGGUGUCCCCACCCUUAGAAACAAUAGAAACGACCCAGAACAACGAUGGGUUUCAUAUGCAGAUUGCUAGAGUUACAAUGGAUUGGGGAAUAGUGGCAAACACAGCGUUAUAAAAUGGUGACGUCUUACUAUGCUGUGAAACUUCCUCAGCUGGAUUAUCGGGCGUGCACAGGGAGGCUUUCCGUCUGUUGACGGGUGGAUGUUUGGUUUCAGUGAGGCAACAACAACAGAAACCAUGUCCCUCCCCAUCUUAUCAUUGAUAAUACCGGAGAUGAUUUGUCGUUUCCGUCUCUCACAAACAAAGACACGGCAAAUGCGAUGUUAGCGUAUUUGUGGGCUGCCACUUACGCGUUCGCUGGCGAUGAAUUUGGCGCUCGGGCGAAGACCGAGGUGACGCAUCCGCUUCCGUUAUGUACGACGGCUGAAACGGCAAACGGCAAAAUUACUUGUAUAUCCCGCAAAGCACAAAGGCCCCCCCCCAGAUAUUAAGUGUCAGAGCUGUGUCAGCAAUACUGAAACGCGUUGGAUUUACACCUCGUAUGACUCAAAGCGACUGAACUGCUGCCUCGCUGAAAAGACGAGUGACCUUUAGCACCAAGUCCUCCGCCACGUCGUCCCUGGAAGAUGAGGACUGCUCCAGUGUACUGUUAAAAGCUGAUCUUAACGCUACAGGUGUAGCUACACCUGUACCACAAGCGUAAGCGCACGUUGUACUGUACUACACUUUGAAUAAAAGCCACCGAUCACAAAUAUUUGGUGUUAGUUUCAGGGAGGAUCCAACCCCAACAAGUCUUUGUUAGCCCUUCGAGCCCGGGCCUUUCCCUUCCAACGAGGGAGGUGGUUCGGUUUUAGCUGGCACGUGUCAGACGUUCGCCGAGCGGCGUAUACCAUCUGACCUUAGCUAACACCGUGUGUAUAUCUUCAGUACAGGCCCUUUAGAUGGAAAACAAAACAAAACCGUUGCUGGGGGCCUUGCUAUGUAAAGUCAUAAAGAUACCACUGUGAAAUGAUGGCCGGUGUACACACGGCCAGGUUGGACCGAGCAGGACCAGCAUACUGGGAAACGCGCUAGCAGGCUGAACACACCUGUGCUGUAUUGGCGCCACAUGGUCUAGGUGAAAACAUGAACCGAUGGCCGAUGUUAAAUCGUAAUGCCAGCUAAAAACUAAGGCAUUCUGCUGGCAUAUGUGUCUAACUAGCUACAAAAAACCACACCUGCUAGUACCCUAGUGUGCACCUGUAUUGUACUGAAGUCUGUAAUGGCUAACCUGACUUGCAACGUCAAUUCCUGACAAAAAGUGCUACAUCUGCGGUAGACCGCUUCCCGUUAAGACUUGUGACUGCCUGCGGUUGUUUCUCUCGUGACAGUGCGCUUCCUGGUUACGGGGCAAGGCGCUACAGCCUUCACCCUCCUUCCAACCACUCUGUCAGUCUCAUGCAGUGUACAUUGCUCUACCUUUUUUUUUCUAUUGUGGACUUUCGACAUGAUUUUUGUACUUUUGUUCCUUUUUUUAUACAAUAAACUUUU